AUGCGAGAGUUCACCACUGAGAUCAAGGAGUUCGCCACACCAAUUUUAACUACCAUAUUCUAUGGUGAAGUGAGAGCAUUCGAAGGCAAUAAAAAACAUGUGUCUCGCGACUUUGACUUUCCAAUGAUUGUCAGCUCAAAUAAUAUGGCAAUAGACCUUUCGAGCACAUCAUUGGAAAGAUUACCUCCGGUGGGAUUGCAGGACAUUGAGGAAUUGCGUAUUGAGAGCGUACACACACUUAAAACAAUUCCAUCCAUUUACAAUUUUAAGAAUUUACAGAGAGCUUUCCUGACACACUCCUUUCACUGUUGCGCUUUCGAAUUUCCAUCGCGCCACGAUCCACUUCGUCAUGCCGAGCGAUUGAAAGAAAUCGAUAAGUGGCAGCAGCGUUGUUCAAAGAAUGUAAAUGAAAAUGGCAGUUCUAAUUGGUUGGGAAUGAACACUGAAAGCGGAAUCAAUGAUAGUUUACACAAGAUACUUAGAGCAAAAGAGACUGAAAAUAACGAUGAUGGUCAAACUUGGAGUGCUAAUGGAGGCGGGAUGCGUCCAACACAAGGCAGUGGAGUUUUUUACAG